AUGGAAAACACUAAAGAUAAUAAUAUACCAAUAAUUAAUGAUUACGAUUCAUUUAAGAAAUCCUAUAUAGAUAUAUUAAAUAAAAAAAAGGUUUUAUACAAAUAUAUUUUUCGUUUCAAUAAUUAUAAAUUUAAAUUUAAAAUUAUUUCAACUUAUUAUGAAUAUUUAAUUUUGUGUAAUAAUAUGUUAAGAGAUGUUACGGCAUGUAAUAUAUUUUUUGGUAAAAAAUUAUUUUUUGAAAUGCUUGGGAAAUCUUUUUAUUAUCCAUAUGUAUUAUAUAUAUAUGACCUAGAAAAUCCAUAUAAUUCUAAUUUUAAUUCUAAUGACUUUAAUAGUUUAAAGUUUGAAAAAUCUUCUAUUUUAGAUAUUGAAGAGAUAAUAAGAAAAGGAAAAAAUAAAGAUAACAAAUAUUUCAAAAAGUGCAAUAUGGAUUGUGAUAAUAGUAAAAUAAUUUUAAAUUCAAACGAUGUAAAUAUUGAAUUACAAAAUUAUAAUUUAAAAAAUAAAAAUAUUGUUGGUUAUAUAGAAAUGUAUUUAUUAUUUCAUAUGGGCAGAUUAUUCGACUCAAGAAUUGAAAGACUUGUGAUAGAUAAAAAUUAUCGUAAUAGAUGCUUUGGUUUACUAAUUAUGUAUAUAUGCAUAUAUAUGUUAAAAUAUUUAUAUCAUUGUAAUAGGUGUGACUUAAAUGUAGAAAAUGAAAUAGCAUUAAAAAUUUACAAAAAGUUAAGAUUUUUGAAUGUUGAUACUAAAGUAUAUAGACUAUAUUUACAUUGUAAUUAUAAUUUUUUAGAAGAUACUAACUCAAUAGAUAAUGAUAAAGAUAAUAUUCAGCUGUUUAUUGGAAAUAUAAUUAAAAAAAUUUGA